CCAUCUGUCUAUUCUGAUUCAAUCUGCAUUCUUAGCUUCAGUCUUAUUGGAUUCAUAAGCAAGGAGUCGGGGAAAUCAGAAGGAUUUGAACCCUAAUUUCUGGCAAAUCGGCAGAUUGAACAAUGUCGGGGGUCACGAACACGCAGCAGGAGGAAGACAAAAAGCCCAACGAUCAAUCUGCGCAUAUCAAUCUGAAGGUCAAAGGCCAGGAUGGGAACGAGGUGUUCUUCAGGAUUAAAAGGAGCACUCAGCUGAAGAAACUAAUGAAUGCUUACUGUGAUCGACAAUCUGUGGAUCUGAACUCCAUUGCUUUUCUAUUCGAUGGUCGUCGUCUUCGAGCAGAGCAAACUCCCGACGAGCUAGAGAUGGAGGAUGGGGAUGAGAUUGAUGCAAUGUUGCACCAGACGGGUGGAUCCAGUGGUUGAAGUACGUGGGGUGUUGGAUAUGCUCCUUUAGUAUUUAGUAUUUUAUGUGUGUCAUAAUUAUCUGCUUAAGCCAGCAGACUUCUAAUCCCUGAUGUCAAUAUUAUUAUUAUUAUCUUCUCGUAUCACUUGUUGUUACUUGGGUGGUUGUAUGGAUUGAAAGCUUCAGCAGGAAGCAUUAGUAGCACAUUUGGGAAGUUAAUUACAAUGUACCAACCUGUUUUUUUCCUCCUC